AUGGCCGUACAUCAACUCGCCGCGAAUAUGCACCGAAGCGGAAUUCGACUUCCCAGCGUAAAACAUGUUGUUGUAAUCGCCAUCCGCGUAACGGAAAGGGCCGCAGAAACUAUAAUGUCGGCGUUUGAUCUGAAAAGCUUCAGGAGCAUGUAUGGGACCACAGAAUACGCGAACGUGAUCUCCUGGCUGCCACGGGAAACAAUGGAAUAUAAUACGAUCGGCUUUCCGGCCCCAGACGUGAAAAUAAAGAUUGUGGACAUCGACACCGGAAGAGUGGUUGGACCCGGGGAGCUUGGAGAACUCUGGGCCAAGUCCCCGACAAGCAUGAGAGCCUACCAUAACAACCCAGAGGCGACCCGCACAGUGGUUACUCCGGAUGGGUGGCUAAAAUCAGGAGACAUCGCCUACUACGACGAGACUGGACGGUUUUACCUUGUCGAACGAUUGAAGCAGUUCUUUCUCUGCAUGGGACGCCAAGUUGCGCAGUCGGACAUUGAGACUGUUUUGCUGACUCACGAGGGUAUUGAAGAAGCGGCCGUGGUUGACGUUCCCCAUCCGGAAUACAAUGAUGUGGGAAAGGCUUUUGUGGUCCUAAAGCCAUCUCACCGAAGAGAAACUACGGCACAGGAACUGAAGGAGUUCGUUUCAGUGAUUUUACGCCGGCCCGACGUCUACGCAAUUUGCAUGCGGACGUACUGUGAUUAA